UAGGGAAACUACUGGAGUUCUAACGUGAACGAGAUCCAAGGAUUCGUCAUGGACCAAGAAGGGAAAGUCAUCCACAGGCUGUUUGGGAAAUGGCAUGAGGGUCUUUACUGCGGCGUUCCUCCCUCUGCCAAAUGUAUCUGGAGGCCAGGCUCCAUGCCCACAGACUACGAGCUGUACUACGGCUUCACCAGGUUCGCCAUCGAGCUAAACGAGCUGUGUCCCGAGUUAAAAGAUGUCCUCCCGCGGACUGAUGCGCGGUUCAGGCCCGAUCAAAGGCAUCUAGAAGAAGGGAACUUGGAGAUCGCCGCUUUGGAGAAGCAGCGGAUUGAAGACCUGCAGAGGACCAGGCGGAAGUGGAAUGAGGAGAACAAUGUCAAACAGGAGCCUUGCUUCUUCAGCUCGGCUUUGGGCGGGAAGAAAGCAACGGAACGGAAUCCAUCAUGGCGGACAAAUGCUGCUGCUGCUGCUCGCAAAACACGGCGAGGGAGUCACACACGCUCAUACAGGUAGGCUACGUAUGUGUUUUUCAACCUUUCCUGAGUCAAGGCACAUUAUUUAAUUGAAAAAAUCCCGAGGCACACCACCAGCAGAAAAUAUU